UUUCAUAAUAACAACAUGGCCGCGUUGUACAGAGGCAGACACCGGUGGAAAAGGAUUAAUUGUUUGCACAUAUUUUCAAGAAAACUGACAGGGAAGUACGACUAUGACCUGUUGGUUAUUGGUGGGGGCUCUGGAGGUCUUGCCUGUUCCAAAGAAGCGGCACAACUGGGACAGAAAGUGGCUGUGUUAGAUUAUGUGGAACCAUCUGCCAAAGGUACCAGGUGGGGUCUUGGUGGUACGUGCGUUAAUGUGGGAUGCAUUCCUAAGAAGCUCAUGCAUCAGGCUGCUUUACUUGGGACUGCAGUCAAAGAUGCUAAGAAGUAUGGCUGGCAGAUCCCAGACACAAUCUCCCACGACUGGCCCACCAUGGCUGAGGCUGUUCAAAACCACGUCAAGUCGCUAAACUGGGGCCACAGAGUUCAACUGCAGGACAAGAAGGUGAAAUAUAUGAACCUUAAAGGAAGUCUGGUGGAUGAGCACACAGUCAGAGGACUGAGUAAAGCAGGGAAGGAGACCAUCCUGACUGCCAAGAACAUUGUGAUCGCCACAGGUGGACGGCCCAAAUACCCCACUAAUAUUCCUGGAGCAGCAGAGCAUGGCAUCACCAGUGACGACAUAUUCUGGUUGAAGAAGUCUCCUGGAAAAACACUUGUGGUCGGAGCCAGCUAUGUAGCUCUGGAGUGUGCAGGCUUUCUCAAAGGCAUCGGCUUGGACACCACAGUGAUGGUUCGCAGCAUUGCUCUCCGGGGUUUCGAUCAGCAAAUGGCAAGUCUAGUGACAGACUACAUGGAAGCCCAUGGGAUCAGAUUCGCAUGGAAAUCUGUCCCAAACAGAGUAGACAAACUUUCCUCAGGAGCCCUGCAGGUCACCUGGGCUGACACCCAGACAGGGAGCGAGCACAAGGACACAUUUGACUCCGUGUUAUGGGCAGUUGGUAGAGCUCCUGAAACCAAAGCCCUGGGCCUAGACAAGCUUGGUGUUCAGCUCAACAAAGAGACGGGGAAAAUAGUCGUAGGUCCUGAUGAGUCAACCUCGGUGCCAAACAUCUACGCUUUCGGUGACAUCGGUGAGGGGCGUCCUGAGUUGACCCCGACAGCCAUUAAAGCUGGAAAGCUUCUGGCUCGCAGACUGGCCGGUCAAAGCACUGAACUCAUGAACUACGACAACGUGCCCACCACAGUGUUCACCCCUCUCGAGUACAGCUGUGUAGGUUUGUCUGAGGAAGAGGCUGAGAAAAGGCAUGGAAAAGAUGGAAUAGAGAUCUACCAUGCUUUCUACAAGCCCCUAGAAUUCACUGUUGCAGAGCGUGAUGCCAGCCAGUGUUACAUAAAGGUGGUAUGUGAAGAGGGUGGCAAUGGGAAGAUCCUGGGUCUGCACUUCACUGGUCCAAACGCUGGAGAAGUCGCACAGGGCUUUGCUAUGGGCUUCCAGUGUGGGGCGACAUAUUCUCACCUGAUACAGACAGUUGGAAUCCACCCCACCUGUGCAGAGGAGGUGGUCAAGGUCCACAUCACUAAGCGCUCUGGCUUGGAUGCCACAGUAACUGGCUGCUGAGGUUAAGCACCUCGGUCUCUGAACACACAGUGAGCACGCAGGCUCCUCGGGGUGAAAGCAGAAAGUUAGUUAGCCUAGGUUUAUCCUCCUCGUUCUCCUCCUAGCUCUCCAUUUCUAGAGGGCCCGCUGUUUACGCGGCUGAAACCUGUGAAUCAAUGUCUCUUCACAGGCUGGUGAUGCAGGUUAUCUUCACUGACACAGCAAGUGAUAACCGCAACUGUUAUCAUACAAUCUACACAAACGUUGUGUACAUGCUCUAAAAUCACCCAGCUAUAGAUGUGAGGUUCAUGAGAGGCCCGCUACAGAGUGAGCGUCUUUUAAAUAAACAGGCUCAUCAAUCAGGAUUACGGCCCGCGGUGAGAAUUUUGUUGAAACCGCACGAGAAAUGUAGACCGGGUCCGAGCGUUCUUCUGAAUAUAUAUAUUCUGCAAAUAUUGUUGUUUCUCUGGCUGUACUUCCUGUCCAUUAGUCUUGUAGGUGACACAUACCAUACACCCCACCCGCCCCCACCGUGACACUGAUGGAUGGCCCCAGGGCCUUCGCCACAGCGACACCGUUCCAUUUCCCAUGGACACACACAAAUAGUCGACGGGGCGCCUGUCAGUCAGCCAGCAACCUCCUGGGCUGGGGCACCCCUGCUUGUUUAGGACCCAGCAGAGCCCUUUCGUUUUCCCUUCUGUGCACUCCACCAUCUACAUGCAUGGAAGCAGUGCAGUGGAACUACCAGUGCGUACUGUCAAAAGCUGUAUGGAUGCCACAUCCCAGGCACGGAGAGCUCUAUCUAUUAAUUAGAGUGCUGUGAGUGAGAGCUUUAUUACAGCUGCAAUACUCAGCCUCACCCAGAGGCGGCACUGUUGCACUCCAAUUCUCCCCCCUUUUCUUUUCUUUUUUUGAGAGGAGCCAAGAAUGAAAGACAGGAUAGUCAGUGGAUAAAACAUAAACCUGAAUACAUUCAGGCUGCACAUUUAAUCCCUUUAAUCCCUAUAAAAGAUAUGUGCUUUUGGAUGAAGCUGGAAGGCAGACUGGCUUUAUUGGAGCCAAGCUGAUAAGGGUUAUCUGUUGUGUAUUUACAUGGAUGGCAGGUUAGUUCUCAAGAGUCAUCACCUUUGAAGAUAAGGUGAGUUGUUUAUAUCAAUAAAGCAGUAAUGGACCCCCACAGUUUGCCAAAGUGUUCAAGUUUUCAACCUGCUGCCUGCCGUAGACAUCUUGGGUUUAUUAAGUAGAUGAGGAGGGAGGAGGCCUGUCAAUAAGGAGGCUUUGCUACAGAAACGGAGGUGCCUAAGAGGAGGGUGCUCAGGGUAGUUUAUUUUUAUUUGAAGUCUAAUCUGCCCAGUCUGAUUAAUGAUUCCGAUGAGGGGAGUGACAGCGUGCCAGGAGAUGGAGAGAUGAAAAAGAGAGAAGGAGAGAGAGCUUCCAGGUUUAUUUGGACCCGGGCUGGAGGAGAGAAAGAGCGCUUCUGCCCUGGUUAGGGAGGGAUGAGGUGGGUGGUGGUGGGGAUUCCUGUGUGCUCUGUUCAGGGCUGAGGUGCUGACUGAAGGACCCUGACCUCCGCUCAGCAGGAACAGCUUGACUCUAUCACUUCGAGCACAGAGGGCUCAUAUGCUACGGCACUGCAUGGCAGGGGCCUUUGGAAGGGGAAGGGGGGGGGGAGACAGAACCGUCCAAGCAGCCAACCAACACAACGCAACACCGAGCAGUGCCCGGGGUAAUUGAGUCCAUGUUCCUGUGCUUAACGAGCCACUUCAGAGACCCCAAGGGUGGGCCCAAGGCAGCGUGAGGGAAGUCGUUGAGGCCAUCAGUGUAACUGUAAUGUCUGUUUGCUUUUUACCCUCCACUUCCCUUCUGCUUUGUCUCAUUUGCUCUGUUAUUUUACACACAGUACGGCUGUUCACACGCACAAAAAUGAAAUGGUCAGUAUUUUCUUUUACUAAACCUUUCUGUCCAACUUAAAUCAUUUCUUUUCGUUGCUGAUCAGUCACUCAGGGCCAAAGUUUUGACCAGUUAGCCUCAGCUGUGCUCUGCAGGGGGUCAGGGUUCAACUUUCAGGUCAGCCAGCUAAUGAUGACCCGCACUAAAAGCCAAAACUGGAGAGUGCAGGUCUGAUGUCACCUGGCUGCAAACGUAGCUGUAAAUAGAGAAGUGUAAUUUUCUGUUAAAGCUUUGUGAUACAUAAUUUAUAUGUAAAGUAAUAACACAUUUGGUUGCACUGUCCCUAAUAAAAUAAUGAUGCCCACUGA